AUGGCUCUUUCUCGUUUGACAACAGAGCGGGUUUUAGCUCAAAUUGAGCGCGUUAUUCAAUCCAACCAUGAAUUUCGUCUAAACGACAGUGUCAAAGUGAAUUUGGUCCAUGUUGAAAUGCCCAAUGGCGGUACCGGAACAAAACGUUCUGAAAUAAAUUUGGAAAAGCAUUUGGUCAAAAAAGGAUCAAUCAUACGGAUUCAAAACAAGGAUGAUUUAUGUUUAGCUCGAGCUUUAGUUGUUUCGAUUGCCAAAAUUGAAAACGAUAGCCGAUAUAAAAGUGUAGUUGAUCAUCGCCGGCCAAUGCAAACACGUUUAGCUCAUGAUUUGCACGAAAAAGCAGGUGUUCCUAUAGGUUCUUGCGGUGUAGACCACGUCAAACAAUUUCAAACGUAUUUGACUGAUUAUCAAAUCAACAUUGUUUCGAAAGAGCAUCAAAAUUCUGUCAUUUUUUCCGGACCUGAUAAAGAGAAAAGGAUCUAUUUGUUUUUGCAUGACAAUCAUUUCGAUGUGAUUACAAGCAUGCCGGCCUUUGUUGCUCGUAAAAAGUAUUGCCAUACUUGUAAAAAAGGGUAUGAUCAUGUAAAAAAUCAUUUAUGCGGAGAUACGUGUAAAUUGUGCCAUUUUCAAAAUUGUCCUAUUGUUUCGUGGAUUUCAUGUAGUGAUUGUGAUCGUAUUUUUAAAAGUCAAGAAUGUUUCGAUCGGCACAAACAAAAUGUAGGAAAUGCAAAAUCAAUUUGUUUGUCUACUGCCAAAUGUCCUGAUUGUAAUCUUGUUUUUGAUCGGACUCGACUGAGGCCUGAUUUGCAUCACUGCGGACUGAAACGUUGCUCGACCUGUGAAAAAUACGUGGACAUUAAGGAUCACCAGUGCUACAUGCAACCUGUCAGGGAAAAACCUGCGCACGAGACCAGUAUGCAUGAUGACGAAGCGGAUGAGGACGUCCACGAAAGCGGAUACAACGAACUACUGUUCUUCGAUUUUGAGUGCAUCCAAGAGAAUGGUACUCACGAACCGAACUUGUGCGUAAUUCAAAACGAGGCUGGUGACGAAUGGUUGUUUCAAGGAGAUAAUACCAGAAACGAGUUCUGCGAAUGGUUGUUCACGAAAGAACAUGAAGGAUGCAUCGUGGUGGCCCAUAAUUUUCAGGGCUACGAUGGUUAUUUCAUCCAACAAUACCUACACGAGAACGGUGUUAUUCCUGAAGUCAUCAUGCGUGGUGCCAAGAUCCUUACAUUGUAUGUACCUAUGCUCAAGAUUAAAUUCAUCGAUUCCUUGAGUUUCAUACCAAUGAGACUGGCUGAUUUUCCCAAAACCUUUGGUUUGAACGAGUUGGCAAAAGGAUAUUUCCCUCACCUCUUCAACAGGAAGGAAAACCAGAAUUAUAUUGGACCCCUACCACCGAGUCCUUAUUACCAUCCCAAUGGAAUGAAUCCAGCAGAGAAAGAGACGUUUUUGAAAUGGCAUCAGGAAUUGAAGGAGAACAAUUAUGUGUUCAAUUUCCAAGAAGAAAUUCUGAGUUACUGUCGAUCCGAUGUGGAUAUCCUUCGACGUUGUUGCCUUGAAUUUCGCGAGUUGUUCCGUGACGUCACCGACAUUGACCCGUUCGAGAAAUGUCUAACCAUUGCGUCAGCGUGCAAUCUCGUGUUUCGGACGAAUUUCCUUAAAGAAAACACCAUUGCCAUUUUGCCUCCACACGGCUAUCAUCCAGGAAUCAAGCAAUCCAACAUCGCCUUGAAAUGGUUAUCUUACACAGCCGAGAAGAAUGACGUGUACAUUCGACAUAAACGGAAUGGUGGAGAGAAGACUGUUGGUCAAUAUUCCUUGGAUGGCUAUGAUGAGGAAACACAUACAGCAUAUGAAUUCCAUGGCUGUUUCUGGCACGGUAAGUUUUUUAGAGGGUCAGUUUUUUACAUAGGUACAGUACUUUAACGAAAUAUUUUUUUACAGGGUGUUUGAAAUGUUAUGCACGGGACACCGUCAACAAGGUCAGCGAAAAGACCAUGCAUGAUCUCCAUCAAGCCACCAUGGAAAAGACCCAGUACCUUAAAGAUCGUGGCCUCCAUGUUGUCGAAAUGUGGGAGUGCGACAUGAAGAAAGAAUUGGAACACGAUGAAGACAUGAGACAGUACUUCGAGGAUUACGAUGUGGUGGAUCCUUUGGAACCACGACAUGCUUUCUAUGGUGGUCGAACCAACGCAACGAAACUCUUCCACGAAUGCAAAGAGGAUGAGAAGAUAAGGUAUGUUGUUAGUGCACCCCAAUAGAUCUAGGAACGGGAGUCUAAUGUCCGUUUUUCUUACAGGUACGUCGACUUCACCAGUCUCUAUCCCUGGUGUAACAAGAUGACCAAAACGGUCAUUGGUCGGCCCCGUAUCAUCACUGAAAACUUUGAUGAUAUUACCACGUACUUUGGCUUGAUCAAGUGCACGGUAUUACCACCUCGUGGACUUUUCCAUCCAGUCCUUCCCUAUCGGACCCAAGGCAAGCUGAUGUUUCCUCUGUGCAAAGCCUGUGCUGAUACGUGUAACCAAGCCCCUUGUACUCAUUCCGAGCGUGAAAGAGCUAUCCAGGGAACCUGGUGCAGCGUGGAAUUAGAGAAAGCCCUGGAGAAAGGUUACAAUAUCCUCCAAAUGCACGAAGUGUGGCAUUUUCCCGAAACCUCCGACGUGCUGUUCAAGGAUUAUGUGGACACUUUCCUCAAGAUCAAGCAAGAAUCCAGUGGUUAUCCCAAGAAUUGUGUCACCGAGGAACAGAAACAGCAGUACGUCGACGAAUACUUGGCAGUCGAGGGUAUACAACUAGACCGAGAAAAGAUCGAACACAAUCCUGGGAUGCGUGCACUGUCCAAACUGAUGUUGAAUUCGUUUUGGGGUAUGUAUUUUUUAAACGGUAAUGUUCUCGCAAGGACGGCGAGGUAAACUUAUCUUUUACAGGUACUUAUAUUAGAUUUUUUCCCUUAGGAAAAUUCGCGCAACGGUCCAAUAUGGCCAAAGUAGAAUUGAUUAAAGAUCCCCAAGUGUAUUUCGACUAUCUAUCGUCGGAUGAAAUCAAUGUUCUCGACGUGAGAUUCGUAAGCGACGAAAUGGUCGAGCUUCGUUACGAGUACAACGAGAACUUCGUCGAACCCAACGCCAAAACGAACGUAGUCAUCGCCGCUUUUACCACCGCUUAUGCCCGUCUCAAACUCUAUGGGGUGUUGGAUCAACUUCAGGAGCGAGUGUUAUAUUACGACACGGACUCUGUGAUAUUUGUUAGCAAACCCGGCGAACCAGAACCAUCGCUAGGUCCUUACCUGGGCCAGUUGACCGACGAAUUAAAAGAAGGACAUAUUACUACCUUCAUCUCGGGCGGUCCGAAGAAUUACUGUUACAAGACUAGUACCAACAAGGUCGAGACGAAGAUACGAGGGAUUACCUUGAAUUGUACUGCCAUGCAAAAAGUGAAUUUUGAUGUCAUUCGUAUCUGUGAAUAACUAUAAACAAAAAUUGCGAAACGUCAAAUAUCCAGCAAAGUUCUAUCGGUAAAAACUAUAAAACAAAAAUGCUUUGCCUAAGUUCACACACAAAAAGUUUACCUAUAUAGUUUGUUAAACACCAUACCUUUAAAAGUUGAAAGCAGCAAGUCUUUAUAUUAGAAAAAACCACUCGCGAAACGUCAGUAAAGUUUUCUGUGUGAACAAUAUAUCAAAGCAAAUCUUUCAAAGUUCUCUCUGCGAAAGCUGUGUAAACACUACGCUCUUGUAAAUUCGAAGACCUCAAUUUAUACAGUAUAUUAAAUCCGGUUCGAACUGGUAUUGUAGCGCUUAAUACAAGGAUCAUUUUUUUUUUUUUUACAAUAAACGUUAUGCGACAAAUCUUUCGCGACAAAUAGUUGCUGACGCCAUCUGAAAAAUCAUAUUUUUUACAAUAAACGUUAUGCGACAAAUAGUUGCUGACGUCAUCUCAAAAGAUCACGCGACAAAUGUUACGCGACAAUGUUCCAAAAAUGACGUCACUCUUAUCCCUAAAAAAUGCUGACGUAUAAUGCUGACGUCACUUCCGCCGCUGGAUGGGGGGUUUCAUCUACUGCCCGCUUCCUGAAAAAUGCAAACUCAGUUUGCAAAUCCCGCUGGUUUUCAAAACGUGCGGCUCGUCAUACUUGGCGCUAGCCUCCUCCACAGGCAACUCAGUGGCCAAAGACAGAAUUACACAAUACUUAUAGUCAGAAAAAUGAUAGGGUAAUAGGAGAUUAUGCGGGAUAAUUGCCAGGUCCCCCUAACCACCCCUCAAUGUACUAAAUAUUGCGUACAUUUCGCCCUGUUUUCCAUCAAGUUAAUUUCCUGCGGAGGAGGCCUAAAUUUGCUCAAGUAGGAAAUAAAGAGUUUUCAUUAUAAGAAAGUACGAAAUGAAGAUCUUUCAUGCCCAGGGUUGGCACGCCCCCUAUCCUCUCAUAUUCUCCAAUCUUGUGACGUGCUCUGAUAGAAAUUGCGGUAUAUUUCCGCCGCUUUCUGCUGAGUUGCCCGCGGAGAACCUUAUAUAGAUGCUGGCGUAACAAUUUUCCUACACACACAGCGGAGAUCCCAUAACUAGCGCGGUAGAUUCCAAUAUUAUAUAUGUGAGGAGAGCUGACCGUUGAUGAGGUGCUGGCCGUUUAUGAAAGCGAACAUCACUUAGUUCAACCAUAGACAAUCCAGAAGACAUUGAUAUUCUGUUAAUUAUUAACUUUGAGAAUUUUAAUGAAACUUGAUUGUUUUAAAAUGUUAUAUUAGAUCUUCUGUGAACGAAAUGGAGCUGAAAUACUUCGUUCGCAGAGCAUUCUAUCCCCUGUACUUUUGAGAUAUGCAAUGAUGUUAUGGUAUAUGGGGCCCAGACAAUCACUUUCAAAAGUUUUUGGGACACAUGUAGUUUUAGCUUGCAAGUGGAUGUUUGUUGAAAUUCAAUGUCUUCUGGAUUGUCUAUGGUUCAACCUCUACACUGUAUACCUUUAGCUGCAGAACUUCAUUGUCCAAGAGAUGUUUUUCGGCUUUUUAAGUACUCCAUUUAUUUAUUUUGAUAGGAUACAUCUUACAGACAGAAAAUGAACAGCAGAAAUAUGAUUUAGAACGUAAGGUAUGGAUGAAGCUAGUGGUUCAUAUAUAGCUGAAGUAUUUAUAAUGUAACUUGACAUUGGAGCAUGACAAUCAAGAUGCAGGACAAGACAGCGUAUAUAAAGUAACACUUCAAACUGGCACAAGAAUUGCAAGUUCAAUUAAUACGUUUGUUGCCCUGUGAUGGUGUAUUACCGUGCGCGUUUGAUCCACACAGAAGCAAGAAACUAAACUGAGGCUAAAAUAUAUUCCGACUAGAGGACACUGGACGACUACAUAUACCUCCGCCAAAAGUUAUGUAUCAUGUAUAAAUUAUACAGGUUAAUUACGCAUUCAGUUUAUUCUUCCCGGCAAAGCAAAACGAACUUUUGCUAUUUUUAAAUCCAUUUCCAUUCCAAUUUAACCACAAUGUAGUCGUUUUGUCCUUUGGCAACGUCCAUUAGGCCCACACAUUUUCGUAUUAAUAUGUUUUUUAAGUUGUCGUUAACUGAAAACACCCCGUUCGCUCAGGUGAAAAGUACAAUUUAUUAAUGCACAAACCAACGUCCAAUUUAAACAAGUUCACAAAUAGAAAUUGUUUGCUUGUACAACAUUCAAUUAUAUUUUUGAUAGGUUAUUAUGAAACAGGAGAAUACUCCAAGUUUAAAGGCAGUCGGGGAAAUAAUCAGGAAUCUUGGCGAAAAUAAAGGAAAGUUGAAGGAUUACAUAGUUUGUGUGAGACACCUGGGAGAUCUGCUAGAGAACAGUGAGUAUUCAUUUAGAAAUGCAAUGCAAUUCCUGACACCUAGUCAG